AUGGUAGUUCCUGCAUAUGCUAAUAUUCAUUGGGAUGGUAAUAUUAUAAAUAGUUGUAAUGGUUAUGAUUAUGAUGGAGGUUUUUCAAAGAUUAUUCCAUUGGGUAAACGGAUAAGUUUUAAUCAAUUGGUCGGUAAAAUUGCUCGUGCAAUUGGAUUAUCCGAAAAUAAUGAAUUUAUAGAGACGAUUAGUUUUAGAAAGCCUACAAUUGUGGAUGAUCCUUACAAUUUGAAUGUAUGGAGAUAUGGGGUGAAGAUGAUUACAAAUGAGGAUGCUGAUAUUGGUCCAUCUGGAACUGCUGUUGAAUCAAAUGAUGAGCCAUAUGAAGAGCAAAAUGUAGUUGAUAAUUAUGGUUUAUCUGAUAGUCUUGCAGGACUGUCAAAUAAUUUAUCUGAUACAGUAGAGAAUGAGGACGAGGAUGAGGAUGAGGACGACGAUGAUUCAUGGAUGUCUACUGAGGAUGAUGAUGAUGAUAAUGGACAGGAGGAUAUUGGGAGUGAGUCUCUAUAUUACAACACAAAAUUUCCUAAUCCUAUUGUGCCUGUUGUUCAUCCUCCCCUAUAUGCAGAAAUAGACUUCGAUUUGCUGAGGGUUGAUCCUUAUGAUAAGCCAGAAGGUCGUUACUUUUGGGAUCCUUCUAAAGAGUUUUCAGUUGGGAUUAUAUUUUCUUCGAGAGAUGCAGUGGCUGCGGCUGCAAAAGAAUAUCAUCUAAGACAUCACCAUCAAUUUUGUUAUCAUGAAACAAGGGAGAAGACUUAUUCUAUAAAGUGUAAAGACAAAGACAGUGGAUGUGCAUGGAGGCUUCGAGCAUCCAAGAAAGAAGGGGAGGAUGUAUGGAAAAUUACGAGAUACAAUGGACCGCACACAUGUACAAAUCCUCAGGUAACAAAAAACCAUAGCCAAUUGGAUGAGAAUUUCAUUUGUUCAUUCAUAUUUGCAUUAAUUGAACAGCAGCCCAAUAUAAAAAUUGCUGUCCUACAAGCUGAAGUGCGGGAUAAAUUUGGGUACGAGCCGUCUUAUCAGAAAACAUGGAAAGCUAAGCAGAAGGCAAUUGCACAGCUUUAUGGGGGUUGGGAUGAAUCAUACGGUCGUUUGCGUAGAUUCAUGACUGCUCUUCAUCAUUUUAACCCAGAAACAGUAUACAUGAUCGAAGAUAAUCCACAUUGGAUAAAUGAGCGAUUAAAUCCGAUGUGUCGUGUGUUUGACCGUAUGUUUUGGGCUUUUAAGCAAUCGAUUGAGGGAUUUAAACAUUGCCGACCUGUUAUCUCAAUCGAUGGGACAUUCUUGUACGGAAAAUAUACCGGGUGUAUACUGUAUGCAACCGGACUUGAUGGAAAUAAUCAACUAUUUCCAUUAGCUUUUGCCAUUGUUGAUAAGGAGAACGAUCGCCAUGCUGGAAUUCUUAAGGCGAUGCAGAAAGAUUGGUGGCAACCUCCAUCUGGUCAUCAUCGUUACUGUAUCAGACAUGUUCUGAGUAAUUAUAAUAAGACAUUAAAAAAUGCAGCAAUAAAGGAAGCGUUGCUCAAGGCAACAAAUGAAAAUCAGAAAAGAAAAUUUUAUGAUGCAAUGAACAAUAUUCGGGAGGUGCACCUAGAAUCCUACGAUUGGGCAAUUAAGAUAAAUUUAGAGAAAUGGACGAGAUCGCACGAUGGUGGACAGAGGUAUGGCGUGAUGACAACGAACAUGGCAGAAUCGCUAAACGGCAUGAUGAAAGGAUUUCGGGCGUUGCCAAUAACGGCAAUGGUUGAAAAAAUAUUUUUCCAGUGUGUCCAUUAUUUUGAUACGCGGAGGACAACAUUUUUGGAUCAACAAAGCAGAGGCUAUGUUUUCAGUCAGUAUUGUAGUGACACACUGCGUGCUAAUGCAAUUAAAGCAAAUGGACAUAGAGUCCGGCGGUUCAAUAGUCAGACAAUGGUUUGCGAAAUAAUUACUGCAAACGGGAGGCAAAAGCAAGUGGUCAAACUCAUGGAUCAAACAUGCACUUGUGGCAAAUUCAGGAGAUAA